UCUCUUCUUGUAAACUGAAACAAAAAAAAAAAAAAUAAAAUGCAUUUAGUGAAGUGAAAUUUUUUAAAUGAAAUGUGGAAAGAGGUGCGACGACAUUGAGGAUUUAUGGGGAAAAGUGUUCGAUUUGUAAAUGAGAUGCCGAUUCAAAAUUUUGAGCUAGUGACGAACUGAAGAACUCAAGAAUGACGAAGAAGAGGCCUUAGCAUGUUCCCCUUUGGCUGUUGGAUAAUUUUUGCCCUAACAGUCGCCAUUUUCGAUAAUUUGGAAGCUGUUUCUGUGGUAAAACAUCAUCACGAUGAUGAGUACUUAUUGGAACACAGAGUCAUUUAUCAAGAUGCCAUUAAUAAGGCUCAUAAUCUCACUCUCUAUCCGGUUGGCAAGGACGGAAAAGGAGUCAUUCCUGGAUGUAAGGCUUGCACCUCCCAGGAGAUGAUGUACUGCAAGGAUGGAAGUGUCAUUGCCGAUCAUUGUUGCUGUGAUUUUAGUUACAAUGAAGCUUUUCCGUUCGUGGAACAUGAAUGUAGAGUAGGACCGGAAAUGUGUAAAGUACUGGCCAAAGAUUGUGCCGAAUAUACAAGACUUCGCGAAUGCUGUUGUCAUGCUCAUUUAGCUUCUUAUUGGAAAUAUUUAGCAGGAGAUUCAUCACGCAUGGAGAUAAAUUUUACAACGAUCUUGACCGUCCUCCUGAUGCUUAAAUUAUUUUCAUAAUUAUAGCUUUUUACACCAAAAAAAAAGAAAAAAACUGUACAGCGUCAUUUAUUUUAAUAAAUUAUUUUUUCAAUGCUAUAAA